CGGGCGAUGGGCGGGGAUAAAUGUCUGCUUGGGCGCGGGGCCGCCAUUUUCUCUGAGGCGCGGAACGAGCGGCGCCGGGCGGGACCGGGGCGCGGGGGACCCGCCGGGGGCCCGGGACACAGAUGAUGUGCUUCAUCCUUUUGUCAUAGGACUUCAUUUGCUGAAAGGAAAACUAAAGGCUGCACCAAUGGAGCACAUCCAGGGAGCUUGGAAGACCAUCAGCAAUGGCUUUGGGCUGAAGGAUUCUGUCUUUGAUGGCCCCAACUGCAUCUCCCCCACCCUCGUGCAGCAGUUUGGGUACCAGCGCCGGGCGUCCGACGACGGCAAAAUCUCGGACACGUCCAAAACCAGCAACACCAUCCGUGUCUUCCUGCCCAACAAGCAGCGCACUGUGGUGAACGUGAGGAAUGGGAUGACCCUGCAUGACUGUCUGAUGAAGGCUCUGAAGGUCAGGGGGCUGCAGCCGGAGUGCUGCGCCGUGUUUCGACUUCUUGCUGAACCGAAGGGGAAGAAAGUGCGUUUGGACUGGAACACAGACGCCGCCUCCCUGAUUGGGGAGGAGCUGCGAGUCGACUUCCUCGACCAUGUCCCACUCACCACACACAAUUUUGCUCGGAAGACAUUUCUGAAGCUUGCCUUCUGUGACAUCUGCCAGAAGUUCCUGCUCAAUGGCUUCCGCUGUCAGACGUGUGGCUACAAAUUCCACGAGCACUGCAGCACCAAGGUGCCAACCAUGUGUGUGGACUGGAGCAACAUCAGGCAGCUCUUAUUGUUCCCAAAUUCAAAUAUCAGUGACAGUGGUGUCCCUGCACUACCUCCCUUGACAAUGAGACGGAUGCGGGAGUCUGUCUCCCGGAUACCUGUUAGCUCCCAGCACAGGUAUUCUACACCUCAUGCCUUCACUUUCAACCCAUCCAACCCUUCCUCUGAGGGCUCUCUGUCCCAAAGGCAGCGCUCCACGUCCACCCCCAACGUGCACAUGGUCAGCACCACCAUGCCCGUGGACAGCAGGAUCAUCGAGGAUGCAAUUCGAAGCCAUAGUGAAUCAGCCUCACCCUCUGCUCUGUCUGGAAGUCCUAACAAUAUGAGCCCAACUGGCUGGUCUCAGCCUAAAACCCCAGUCCCAGCCCAAAGAGAGAGAGCCCCUGGAUCUAACACACAAGAAAAGAACAAAAUUAGGCCUCGUGGACAGAGAGACUCCAGUUAUUACUGGGAAAUAGAAGCCAGUGAAGUGAUGCUCUCCACCAGGAUAGGCUCAGGCUCUUUUGGGACAGUUUACAAGGGCAAGUGGCACGGGGAUGUAGCAGUGAAGAUCCUAAAGGUUGUAGACCCAACCCCAGAACAGUUCCAGGCUUUCAGGAAUGAAGUGGCUGUCCUGAGGAAGACCCGGCACGUGAACAUCCUGCUCUUCAUGGGCUACAUGACCAAGGACAACCUGGCCAUUGUCACUCAGUGGUGUGAGGGCAGCAGCCUCUACAAACACCUGCACGUGCAGGAGACCAAGUUCCAGAUGUUCCAGCUCAUCGACAUCGCCCGCCAGACUGCGCAGGGCAUGGACUAUUUACAUGCAAAGAACAUCAUCCACAGAGACAUGAAAUCCAAUAAUAUAUUUCUUCAUGAAGGCCUCACAGUGAAAAUAGGAGACUUUGGUCUGGCAACUGUCAAAUCCAGGUGGAGUGGAUCCCAGCAGGUGGAGCAGCCCACGGGCUCCAUCCUGUGGAUGGCCCCCGAGGUGAUCAGGAUGCAGGACAGCAACCCCUUCAGCUUCCAGUCAGAUGUCUACUCCUAUGGAAUAGUGUUAUAUGAGCUGAUGACAGGAGAGCUGCCCUACUCCCACAUCAACAACAGAGAUCAGAUCAUUUUCAUGGUUGGCAGAGGCUAUGCUUCCCCAGACCUCAGCAAGCUGUACAAGAACUGCCCCAAGGCCAUGAAGAGGCUGGUAGCAGAUUGUUUGAAGAAAGUCAGGGAAGAACGACCUCUGUUUCCCCAGAUCCUGUCCUCCAUCGAGCUGCUGCAGCACUCUCUGCCCAAAAUCAACCGCAGCGCCUCGGAGCCGUCCCUGCACCGCGCCGCCCACACCGAGGACAUCAACUCGUGCACGCUGACCUCCACCAGGCUGCCCGUGUUCUGAGCUGCUCCUGCCCUGAGCUCCACCAGGCUGCCGUGUUCUGAGCUGCUCCUGCCCUGCUCCUGCCCUGCUCCUGGCUGGAGCAGCAGGGGCAACUUGAGCUGUGCCUCCCAGCCUCGGUGCGCAGGCUCCUCCCGCAGGACCCUCCGCGUCCCAUCCUACCAAGAAGCUGCUCCGGAUUCGUGCAGUUCUCAGCCUGCAGGGACACAGCUCCUCAUUGCCUUUGCUACCAUCUCUUGUUCUGGGAGAGGUAACAGACUACAAAUCAAGAGAUCUAUUACUAUUUUUUUAAUAGAUGCACUUGAGCCUUAUCUUCCCCUUCCCAGAAGCGAUGGCUGUUUUUUUGGCAGUGGUUCUGGCUGGGUUUGCUCUGUGCUCAGUGAGGGGGCUCUGAGGACAGGUGACGUUCUGGUGCUCUGACUGCCCCAUGCCUAGUGUCACCUCACCCUGGGGAGUUGUGCCUGGAGUGGGAAGAGGAAAUAACUCUGGAAAUCAGCUCCUGCCUAAGAGCUUCACCAAGCCAAUGAAAUAAGUUCAAAUGCUAAUUCAACACAAAAUAGUUUUGCAAUAGUUUUGCACAUAGAAGAAAAACUCUUGCAAAAGGAUGGAAUCUGUUGUGAAUUGUCCUGCUCAGAGAAGGAGGUGAGCCAGUCCUGCUUUGGUCAUCUUGAGAAGCCUCCCAGCUGCCUUUGGUACUAUGGACCUGUUGCAGGCAGGGUGGGUGAGGAGUGCUGGGCUGGGCUGGCAGAGGUUGGGGGUGUCCCCCCCCACCAAUCCUGCAGAGGUUGGGGGUGUCCCCCCUCACCAAUCCUGCAGAGGUUGGGGGUGUCCCCCCUCACCAAUCCUGCAGAGGGCUGGGGGUGUCCCCCCCCCCGUCCUGCAGAGGGCUGGGGGUGUCCCCCCCCACCAAUCCUGCAGAGGUUGGGGGUGUCCCCCCCUGUCCUGCAGAGGCUGCAUCCCAGCAGGAGCUGUUGUCCAAGAGAUGCACUAGCAAGAGGAAACUGAGCAUAUACAGUUUUUCUUGUUGAUUUGGGUUUUAAUUUUGUUUUUAUUGCUCCUGAGAAAAUGCAUUUAUUGUAAGCCAAGGUUCCUCUGAUUAUCUUAUUUUAAUAAAAUAAAUUAAAUUUUAGGUUUAA